AUGAACGCGCCAGACAGGUACGUUCAGGGAGUUUCUUUAUUGAUUGCAUACCAGUCGGUCGUCCUCAAGAGUUCGUACGGCGGCGAGUUCAAACAAAAUCAUGGCCAGGAGCGGCGCGCAUACUGCUUGCAGCCCGGGGCGUACCCCACUACUCUAUGCGCCUGUUACGCUUGGGGAGCGCGCGACUGCUUUGUGUCAGAUGAAGCAGGCGCAAGAGGCACUUGGGCUGGCUCUCCCAACGUCGAAGCCUGCAAAGGCAUCCCCAAAUUCGAGCUCUUUCUGCUGGACGACGGUCAGCAGAAAGUUGAGUACAAGGAAGAGACCCGUGUUCCCAACACUGCCAUCUUCACAUUCAACAAAGAAGACCACACACUCGGCAACCUCCUCUCCCAGCGCCUGCUUAAGUACGACCACAUCGUCUUCUCCGCGUACAAAGUUCCCCACCCGCUCUUCGCGACCUUCGAGCUCCGCGUCCAGACGGACGGCACAAUCACACCCAAGGAGGCCAUUAUCCGGUGCUGCAAGGACAUUGUUCAGGAUCUGCAUGUGCUGAACAGCAGCUUCCAGACCGAGUGGCUUGGCAAGAAGAUUGUUAGCGAGGGCGAGGCGGACAGGAUCGCACGCGAACGUGAUGCGUUCUAG